AUGACCAUUAGCAGUACAACUUUUUCUCACAAAGAUGUCCACAAGUGCACAUGGAAAUCACCAAAUGGACAUACGUACAACCAAAUAGAUCAUGUACUCAUUGACCAUAGGUUCAGGUCUACUAUCUUGAAUCUAAAGAAGAUAUGCACAAAUAAUAAUAAUAAAAUGAUGAAAUUCGAUAUCACCAAACUUAUGCGAGAAGAAGAAAACCAAAAAUACAUUCAUGAAAUUGAGAAGGAGUUAGAAGCGGAUCAGGUAGGCGAAAAAAAUAUAGAACACAUGUGGAAAACGAUAAAAGAAGUCAUCAUAGCUGCCGCAAAGAAAAUAUUGGAAAAAUCUAGGCAUAAAUCAAAGAGUUGGUACAACGAUAAGUGCCGAAAAGAGAAAGGAGAGCUACUUAACGGUGAAAUGCCAGAGACGUCAGUUUCGAAAUGGAAAGAACAAAGAGCAGAGGCAGAACUCAAGGAGAUAACAUUCGAUGAAACAAUAAAGGCAAUAAACAAUUAA